AUGCCUGGCGAAGACUUUAGCCAUAUACCUACCUGGUCAGGGGAUCCUGCGGAAUUUGAAACCUUUGAGGUUUCCUGCAAGUGGUACGAACGUGGUUGGAAAGAUUCUGAAAGGCGUCAGUCAGCGGCAAGAGUUUGGAGCAGAUUGCAAGGUGCGGCCAAGUCGGUUGUGAAGCAUUUAGAUCCGGAUGAAUUUUCUGGAGAUGAUGGGUUGUCAAAGCUGUUACAAGUUCUUAGGACAUCACCUCUCCAAGCACUACCCAUUCCUGACUCCUUCAGUCGUUUAGAGAAGUGGCAUGCGUUGAGACGCAAGGAGCAUGAAAGCAUAGCAGAGCUACUUGUCCGAGAAGAAGACUUGUGGUUGCAGAUGCAGAAUGCGUUGGUGAGAGCGAGAUCGGAUCGUGGACCAAGGCCACAGGCCAUUCCGGAGGUUCCACGAGCCAUGGAUCCCUCUCCUACAGGUAUGGGCAGUGUUGGAAGUCCUUUGAAUCUACGUCGUAACUGGCAUUCAGGGGUUACUGCACAGCAGCAAUCGACUGGUUCAGGCGUGGCAGAGACGGCAGGUGCAGCAGCGGGUGUUUCCGGUGCUCGUGUUGCAACAUCUCUGGAUACAACUGAUUUCUGGUCAAAUGAAUUGCGAGGUUACAGGCUUCUGAAGGCAGCUCAUCUAACACGUCAGGAACGUCAAAACAUCCUGACUCAGACAAACAACAUGACCGACUUCGAGAUCAUCAAGCGAGCGUUGCGUGCAUUGUUCGCUGAAGAUGAGGCCAUGGGACGGCCUACAAGUUACAAAAGGUUUGCAAAGAGCGCUUUGUGGAACGAUGCAGAUAACUGGGACGAUGAUGCAGGCGACAAUGAGUGGCCUGAUGCUGACGGUUCCUGGUACUAUGAGCCCAAUGACACUUACUGGAAUGACGAGGACUGGGCUUGGAACGACGACGACGAGAAUGCUGCAUACUGGAACGAGGAGGAGGAUGAGGUUGUCCCUGACGAGACAGCCGAAGAUCCAGACGAAGUUCAGUUUCGAGAGGCCUAUGCUCUGGCAAACGAAGCUUCAAGGACUUUGCAAGAGGCGCGUGAGGCAGUGAAGAAGGUGAGAGCCGCCAGAGGCUACUACUCUCCUGAAGCUAGCUCUGGCAAAGGCAUUUCUUCAUCAACGGCUUCACGAAUGCUAGGCAAGGGUUUUGGAAACAAGUCAUCUGGAAAAGGCAAGAUGUCUGGGCCUUGUUUUCGAUGCGGCAUGAAGGGUCACACCAUAGCUCAGUGCCCAGAUCGUUUCAGUCCUGGAAAAGGUGCAGGCAAGGGAUUUGCAUCCAAAGGCAAGAGCAAAGGAAAAGGCAAGGGGAAGUCAAAAGUGAAAGGGAAGAAUUUUUACGCAGAUGUUUGCACUUUGACUGUGAUGUGGAAUGAAGAUGCGAAAGCUCGUAACAGCUACACCAGGGUUGUGAUUGACACCGGGGCCUCAGAGAGCGCAGUCGGCUCCGCAUCACUUCAGAAGCUGUUACAUUAUGGUCAAUUUGCAUACAGUGUUCAUGUGGAUGAUAGGCCAAUUUUUCGUUUUGGGAACGGUUUGAAGAUGCAAGCCCUGAGCAGAGUUGACAUUGAAGGCUUCACCAGCUUAGAGGGCAACAACCAGCUGAAGAUGGAACCAUGUGCCCAAGACGAUCCUCGCAGAGAAGGAUAUCCCUGCUGGACCAGUCACCACCCGAAGGAGCGCAACAACCAGUACGCCUCCUGGCAGACAUGCACCAAAUGCGGCCUUCGACUGAGUUACAAGGCCAAGAAGGGGUACAGCGGGGAUCACCGACACAUGGGCCCAGUGCCACAUACCAUCAGGUCAGUGAUGGAAAGUCUGGAGAAAACUACCAGUCCGGACCAAUGCAACGAGAAGAUCGUGAACGGCAGACUGAUGGAGGCACAGGGCAAGAUGCUUCAGUAUGGCGUCACCAACACAAUGGCCAUCAACAUGACGUACCGCGAGUACCUCAAGAGGAUGAACAUGGAGAUUCCAGAGCGCAACAAGUCACCAUCGAGAGCAGCCAAGACCAGCCUGACACCAGAGAUGAAGGAGGCGGCUACAAAGGAGCUGGUCCAGAAGCUGAAGGAGACGGCGAUGGGACAGGCUUCCAAAGAAGCUGUGGAGUUGGUGGAGAAAGCGGCGGAAUCCAUGGCAUCCACACGCGGCCAUCUGAAGAUCGAGAAGAAGCCAUCGACGGAGAAGGAGACGGAGAUGGCAGUUCAGGACACGCACAUGCGAGAGUGGAGCAUGGCGGAGGAUGCGGUGAGCGGCAAAUUGAAUGGGCAACAUGGAACCUAUGAGACUGUGGGUGAACAGUACACCAACAACAUGACUGAUGGCGAGAAGGUUGACAGUGGGCAAAACUAUGAGGCUGUCGGGGAACAGCACCCAAAUUCGAAAGACCUCAACAUGGACUUGGCCACCACGACAGAUGAGCGCGUGCUGGCGGAGAAACAUUCAUUUGAAGGGUCUAUGGAAACUGAGGUGCCUUCAACUUUUGUGGACAAGCAUGGCAUGAAGAUUCAGGCACCUUCACACGGCAGUUUUGCCAAUGCCCCAGUCAACAUGACGUCUGACAAGAACUUGGUUGCGCCGAACUUGGCAAAGAAGUUGGCAAAGAAUGCGGCCAUGUUGGGCCUUAUGCUACUUGGACCUGUUCUUGGACUUUUUGGACAGAUCCAAGACCGACCUGAUUUCCUGGAGAUUGCGUGCUCUGCAAACUCGUCCUUGUCACAUGAGAUGGCAAGCAUGGGCUACAACAUCAAGCGCGCCAACUACCUUGAGGGCUACGACCUCUCCAGUUCUCGAGGCACGAAGAUGCUUCAGCAUGAAAUAGCUCUCCAUCCACCACGUUUUGGUUGGGUCAGUUUGCCUUGCACCCGACUCACCUCAUUGGUCAAUUUGACCCCCAGAUCGGAAGCUGAAUGGGCAAACUUUCAGAAGAGACAACGUCAAGAUCUCAAGCGAGCUUCGGAAGUGGCAGAUGGAUGUGAACCAAUCUUGCGUGAUGGAGGAGAUAUAGCGUGGGAGUGGCCGGCUUCAGCAUCAACAGGUUGGAAGUCAUUUGCCAUCUCACGUUUGCUGAAGCUGUUCAAGAAGCACAACAGGGUUGCAUACUGGUGUCGUUUUGAUGGUUGCACCUAUGGACUGAAGUAUCAAAACCUACCAGUGAGAAAGGGUUGGUUGAUCCUCACCACAUGCAAGAGCUUGUGGUUGAGCCUACAUCAUAGAUGUCCUGGCCACCAACAGCACUGCGAGUGUAGAGGGCCAGUUGCGCAAUUUUCUGCAUAUUACCCUGCCAAGAUGGUCACUGCGGUUGUCAAAGCCAUUGUAGGCCAUUGGCAAGCCCCUGAGGAGGAACGCAACAUCAGCAUUGCGGAUGACGUCAACAACUACUUGCUGGACAUCAAGGACGCUGAUGUGAAUAACGAGGAGGUCACCCCCUGCCAAGGAGUUCGUGAUGAGAGCCCAGAAAUCUUUGCUCUCACAAGGCUGACUCCGAAGGAGAAGCCAGUGAGGAAGCGUGAUGCAUCAUCCUCACAGCCAUCAAAUGUUUCACAACAUCAACAACAAGCCAGUGGACAAGACGCUGGUGAGCAGGCGCUGACUGUUCCUGAAGGGGAACAAACCGAUGCGAACAUCGGCCAGCUUUUGCCUGAAGUUCCUGAUUUGCAUCCCCUUACAACAGCGCUACGAGACCGUGGCGCAGGCAAGAAGUUCUCAUGGGAACCCUAUGGCGGAAGAGUCAAUGUGGAACCAGAGACCGACAGCAGCAGCUCUGAUGAAGCUGACGAGCUGAUCCCAGAUGGACCUGCCACCAAGAAGGCCCGAAACAUUGGCACCGAAAGCCAGUACUAUGUCCUGGAGAUUCCCUUGGAAGAGGCGGAGUUGGACUAUCUUUCUGAGCAUCCCAAGCGAGGCCCGGACCAGGUCACCAAAACAGAGUUUAUGGCCCUCACAGUGGCACUGGUGUCGCCAACCAUUCCUGCGUUGUUUGUUUUCACCACGCCAUAUUUGGAAAUUCGGAUUGGCACUCAGGCAGGAUGCAACCUGGUGGUUCCAGCGCGAGAUUUGAAGCCAGGUCAAUGCGAGCAGCAGAAGGCCGUAUUCUUCACCGUGAAGGUGGAAGAUGAGGACAUGGCUUCCUGGCAACCCGGGAUUCCCCUUGGUGCCGCCAAGUUCGACAUGCUUCGACCAGUCGCCAAAGGGCACCUCCAUCAGACCGACCACCGCCCGUCAUCAAUUCUUGUGGAUGCGGGCCACGGUCGAGUCAUGCGCAGAGAGAACGAACUGCAAAACGCUUCGCAGAGGUUUCCUCACGUACCAGCUGACCAAAUGACCUGUCCAGAUGAGCCACCAGCGAGCUCAUUGAAAUCCUAUAUGAGCUUUCUGGCCAUGGUGGCCAAAUCCAGCAUUUGAAAUCCAGAAAAACUGUACAGACGCUUGGCACUUGAGCAACGUUGUUGUCCUCCCGGGCAUGAUUCAGACUUCAACGAAUUCUUUUGGGAUAGACACACCACUCCAACACAGACGGGUUUCAACAGCUAGAGUAGAGGGCGGC